UUAUAUUGCAAUCCAUUUAUGUUUUCAAUUCAAUUCAAUGUAAAUAUUAUUACGAUUUGUGACAAAAAUACUAUUCAAUCAAACAAUCACUUCAUUUGAUCCCAAGAUAUGACACAAGAGUUAACACAAAUGAUGGCAUCACUCGAGACCACAGAUGACGGCAAUGCAGACAACAGACAACAGACAAAGAUUUACGCGAAGAACUCAAUGGACAGAUUCGGUGAUGAUUUGUGUGCACUUCUCGUGUCUUAUCUCUCACUCAAAGAUCGGUUUCAAUGCGAAUGUGUGUCCAAACAGUUCCAGAGGACAGUCUUCGAGAGUGUUGUCGACUUCACUCUUAGCGACAGAUUUAUUAACAAAAUAUUGAAAAGGAAGAAAAUUAAGAGACAAUUGUUGACCAGAAUUGCCAUAAAAUUGACAAACAUUGAGACCAUUGACUGCAGAGGAAUAACCGACAAAUAUGAGAAACGAGUUCCCAAAGCGUUGCAAAUAUUUCGAGACAAUUGCCGGCAUUUGCGGCAAAUUUACUGCAAUUUACGGGAAAAUAGUUCGCAAACAAUGAGUUCAUUGUUACCACUGAUCACACGAAUCGGUAACUUCUGUAAUGAAUUUCAGAUGUUUCCAUCGCUUAUCAACGGAAUUGAACCGAACAGUGAAAGCCAAUCACUCAUCCAUUGCCACCAAUUGUCUCAUUUAAAUAUCAACUCUUUGUCCGAUGUCUUCCACAGCACUUCCGGACACUUAUUGGCCAACAAUUUGACUAAACUUGACGUAGACUGCUAUGGAGAUUAUCAACAGUUGUCUGCAUUUGUGGCACACAAUCAGUCCCUCAAAAGUAUUACGUUUAGGACUAGUGUUGAAACUCAGGAAACAAUUAACGAAAUAUGUGUCCAAUUGUCACGAUUAACACAAUUACGGGAAUUGAGACUCGGGUUUGAGUUGUCUGAGGAUAACAUAUCAGUGAACGAGUCUUUGCGUACAAUUGGCUUAAAUUGCAAACAAUUGCAACGAUUGUCACUAUUGUUGCUCUCAUGUCCCGAUUUUUUAAUACCAUUAACGUUGGAUUCGUUGGGAUCUUAUCGCAGAUUAAAGCGCUUGCAAUUAGUCUAUACAAACAUCGAUAUCAAUGCGGAUCCGUUUAAACACUGCAAGAGAUUAACACAUUUAGAGCUGAUAUUAACGCCAAAGUUAGCAAAAGUGUUGGAAAAUUGUCACCAAAAUUGUUCACGACUUCAAUAUCUAUACAUUCGUGACUAUUAUAAGAAUAUAAACGCCGAGUGUUUGUCACACAUCUCAAGACUACCGGCGCUGCAAAUGCUUGUAAUUCAUUGCCGCAAAGGCAUUGAUCUCUCGGAUAAUGAUUUGAAUGCUGUGUUGUCUUCGAGUCCUAAACUCAAGACAAUUGAAAUCCGUGUAAACAAUGAGAAGAAGUUUUAUUCAAAAUAA